AUGUCCUACUCACCGAUACAGACAGACGCAGGCUCGAACAAGAAUUUGCUGUCAGAGGAAGAGUCGGCAAAAUGGGGACCAGGUGAGAAGGUCAAGGAAAAGAGAUAUCCGUCCUGCUGGAAGGUGAUACUUUAUCCUAUACUCGUUGCCAUUGUCUUUGCCUUUGGGGGUCUGGCGGGCUACCAUUGGAGUGAUAUGGACGAGCUUUGCAGUCACCACGUGUCUCAAGAUUCGCCCUUGUUCAAAGAUGUCGAGGUACAAUAUCAUGUCGAACAAUUCAACGGAGAAUUCAUCAAUCAGAAUAUCUAUCGCGAAGAUGCCAGCCCCGAGGUUGAUGCCGCAUGGGAAGCGCUGGGAACAGAUUAUCGCCCACUUCGAGUCCCGCCCGAGUAUGGUGAGAAGUCUGGUAUUUCACCCGAUCAAGUCAAAAUCAACGAUGAAUAUGGCGGCGGAUAUCCUGCCAACUUGGAGGGACUGCACCAUCUGCAUUGUUUGAACCUUCUUCGCAAAUCUCUCUAUUAUAACUACGACUAUUACCACGAUCGCGGGGAAGGCGCCUUUGUCAAUCCAGACCAUGUAGUCCGCAUCCAUGUUUGGCGGGUAUGGGUCUUUCCCGAUGAGCCAACCCCGUUUGUGGACUUCAACACCAAACAUAAAUGCAAGAACUUCGAGGCAAUUCGGAAAUGGGCUGAAGACAAUCAGCUACCGGAGCAGCCUCCGCCAGACUUCAUCCAGCAGCUCCCGAAGAAGGGCGAAAAGGUAUACAAGGAGAUUCCGUGA